UCAGAAAAAAACCACUAUAGGCGUCACAUCUCCACUACAAGGACAGUUCAGGCUACUUGGGCUCAACCUGUUUCACGUUUAUUGUCACAGUAAAUCACUAGGUCCCACCAUGCGAAGUGCGUAUCUCCUGAUACCCGCUCUGCUUCUCCUCCUGGCCUUCCCCGUAUCCAGGGGACGCUACAAUGAUGACUUCGACGACGGCGAGGACAUCGCAGACUUCGACGACAACGACUUCGCCGAGUUCGAAGACAUGAACGACGACAUGGCGGCCGAAGCAGAAACCGCCCCUCCGCCGAGAGCCAGCCCUUCCUCGCAGCCCGAAGAAGACGAGGAUGAAGAUGAAGCCACUGUCGAGCUGGAGGACGGCAUGGACGGCUUCGAAGAUGGAGAUAAUCAGGAUCAAGACAUGUACAGCAAAUAUGACCAGGAGGAGUUUGAGGGGAUCGGAGACAUGGAGAAGACGGGUCACUCCAUGAAAGACCCUCUUAUAAUCCACACGGUUCCUGCUCAUCUGCAGAACAGCUGGGAGAGUUACUACAUGGAGAUCCUGAUGGUGACCGGCCUCCUCGCCUACAUCAUGAACUACAUCAUCGGCAAGAACAAGAACAGCCGCCUCGCUCAGGCCUGGUUCAACUCACACAGAGAGCUGCUAGAGAGCAACUUUGCACUAGUCGGUGACGACGGCACCAGUAAAGAAGCGGUGAGCACUGGGAAGCUAAAUCAGGAAAACGAACACAUCUACAACCUGUGGUGCUCCGGACGUGUGUGCUGUGAAGGCAUGCUGAUCCAACUCAAGUUCCUGAAGAGGCAGGAUCUGCUCAACGUUUUGGCCAGGAUGAUGAGGCCUGCCUGUGAUCAAGUGCAAAUCAAAGUGACUCUGACUGAAGAGGACAUGGACACCUUUGUGUUCGCCGUGGGCACCAAGAAGGCGAUGGCGCGGCUUCAGAAGGAGAUGCAGGACUUGAGUGAGUUCUGCGGGGACAAGCCGAAGUCUGGCGCCAAGUUUGGACUCCCUGACUCACUGACUAUUCUUAGUGAGAUGGGCGAGGUCACAGAUGGGGUGAUGGACAACAAGAUGGUACACUACAUCACCAAUAAUGCUGACAAGAUCGAGUCCAUCCAUUUUUCGGACCAAUUUUCUGGUCCAAAAGUUAUGCAGGAGGAGGGUCAGCCCUUAAAGCUGCCUGAGACCAAGAAAACGCUGCUGUUUACAUUUAAUGUGCCUGGCAUGGGCAACACCUCUCCCAAAGACAUGGACUCUCUGCUGCCUCUCAUGAACAUGGUGAUCUACAGCAUCGACAAGGUCAAGAAGCUGCGUCUCAACAGAGAGGGGAAGCAGAAAGCUGACAGAAACCGAGCCCGUGUGGAGGAGAACUUCCUGAAGCAGACUCACGCUCAGCGUCAGGAGGCGGCUCAGACUCGCCGUGAGGAGAAGAAGAGAGCCGAGAAGGAGAGGAUCAUGAAUGAGGAGGAUCCUGAGAGACAACGUCGUCUGGAGGAAGCGGCCCAGCGUCGUGAGCAGAAGAAGAUCGAAAAGAAGCAGAUGAAGAUGAAGCAGAUCAAAGUGAAAGCCAUGUGAAGGAACAACGCAAGGGGAAAGAAAGGAUUAAAAAAAAUGAAAAACAGUGCUCAACUCGGCUCGACUCUCCAGCUUCUAACCUCACAGCUCUGCAGCUCUUAAAAACACACAUCCUGGGUGCGUCAAGCUUUAGCUGUUUCCGUCACCACUUUGCUCCAUUUUUUGUAUGUUUUUGGUGCAGCUCGACCUUUUUAAUGACUUGAAUGAACUGUCCAUGUUCAAGAGAGAAACCGUCAAAUCUGUCACUACAAUUCACGGCAGGAUUUUUAGUUUUGUUUCUUUUUUCCAUUUUUUUUCUGUCCGAUCCUCGUUAAUCAAAGACCUGUUUUUUGAAAGCUGCGUCUUAAUAACUCAGUGAGCUUUUUUUUUAUUUUCUUUUUUUUUUUUAGACUUAAUCUGCUGGGAAAGAACACAUUGAAUAUAUAUAUAUAUGGUGGUAUGUAUUGUACCACUUUUUUUUUAGAUGAAUGAAAGCAUCUCUGUGGUUUCAUUGGAAAAAAAAUUAAUAUUAGCAUUAAUAUAAUCUUAAAUGAUAUUAUCAAUUAAAUUUUAAUUUAUAUCUGCCAUGAGAUUUGGUUUUCUUGCAGGCUGUUUCUAAUAAAUCUGAGCAAAACAUGAAUAAAAUGCACUGGAGUCUGUUGGAAAA